AUGAACUUCGAACCACUCGAGGCCUUGUUUGAAUUCCCCAUAGAGGACGUCGUACCAGUGCCUCCUGCCCCACAGAUGAGGCCGAUUGAGCUCCCUAGAGACGAUGAGGGGCACAACUGGUACAUCUGGGAUAUGGCCCUGGAGAGUGAUGCUCAAAUAGUAGAUGACGGCGUCAUCGCACCACCUCGGAUCCCCGAGCCUGAGGACCACUAUGAAAACCUCAUGAUCCAGCAGCUCCUGGACACAGUCAAGGCGGCAACCGAGAUAGUACAAUACCUUCGCCAAGAUGUGCGAAAUGGCUUGAGAAACGACCUCGAUAGUGCAGCCAUUGACGUCUGCCAGGAGAUGAGAAACAGGCUUGCAAUCGAACUAAUCGAUACUGUCAGUAGAGCAUUAGCUCACCGUGAAGGGGACACGACCUACUCCAAUCAAGUCCUGCUUGCCAUUCUGAUGGAGAGAUUUUUGGACGGCCAUGCCGAGGAUGGCGACGUUCAAGUCCUAAAUGCGAUAGUUAGAAGCAUCAUCGUGUAG